UGCUGCUGCCUGUACAAGUAGGCAUUUCUCAGGCAAUGGGAGUGCACAGGCGGCAGAGAGCCUCGGCAGCACUCUCUCUCAGCGUUCUCUCUUUAAUCUUCUCUAUCACAGCGUUCAGCAGCAGCUACUGGUGCGAAGGGACCAGGAAAGUAGCCAAACCUUUCUGUAAUGGACUCAGAGGUGGAACCCACUGCAUCCGCUUCAACAGCUCUGGUGCGAAUGACAGCAAUGUGGUUCAAUACAUCUGGGAGACCGGCGAUGACAAGUUUGUGGACCGAAAGUUCCAUGCUGGUAUCUGGUACUCCUGUGAGGAAAUUAUUAAUGGAGAUGGUGAGAAAUGUAGAAGCUUCAUUAGCCUGACUCCCGUAGCCGAUAGAGGGGUUCUGUGGUUGUCUAUUGCAGCAGAGCUCCUUUACAUUACUUUACUUCUGAUGGGUGUUGCUCUCAUGUUGACUGAAAUCUGCUACUCCAUCAGCAUACUGGAUGGGCUGAAGCUAAAUGCGUUUGCAGCAAUAUUUACCGUUCUAGCAGGUCUUCUUGGAAUGGUGGCUCACAUGAUGUAUACAACUGUAUUUCAAAUGACUGUCAAUCUUGGUCCAGAAGACUGGCGCCCACAGUCCUGGGAUUAUGGCUGGUCCUACUGUCUUGCAUGGGGCUCCUUUGCCUGCUGUAUGGCUUCUUCUGUAACUACAAUGAACAGAUACACAAAAACUAUUCUGGAAUUUAAGUAUAAGCAGAAAAAACUGGAGAGAAGUUUAAAGAUGAAACCUAAAUCUCCUGAUCCAGAGAAAGCAUGGAAGAUGUACAUUGACAACAUCCACAGCACAACCAUCCCACCUGAAGACUACAUGCAUCACCUAGCAGAUAUCCAGAGUCCAGCCAAUCCUAUAGCAUUUGCAGAGUUAAAUAAUAUCCCUAUGGCACAUCAUGAAGAAUAUUGCUAAAUACGUUGCAUCUUUUUUGUAAUAGUCAAUGCUUACUUGAUACAUUAUUUUGAAUGUCAAGGACUAAUAUUUUCUAACUAUAAAACAUGUUGGUGGCUUACAAAAAAGAAAGCCAAGAAGAAAAGCCUUCUUUCUUCUUGUUUCCCAUUUUCCUUUUGUUUCUGUCUUGAUGAAGGGCAAGAUCCAGCCAAAGUUAAGCAUUUUAAAGUCACAUUAAUUUCAAUUGGGGCAAUUUUAGCAUGUUUAAGUCUUCCGUGGAAAUCAGUGGGACCUAAAAUAGUGCAUAACUUUGACUGGAUUGCUCCCUUAUAUUGUAAGCAUUUAGUGCAUUUUGAGUGUUAUUAAUAAUGAUAGUACAUUAAGACUGUUUUAUGUAAUUUUUUGAGUAAAGAUGGGGGAAUUGUUUAUGUGCUUGUUCAGAAGAACUUCAAAAUGAAACUAAACUUAGAGCCGAACUCCACACAGAGGGGUGCUAUUUAGAGGUAAACCUUUUUGUUCCGAUAUAUCCUUCAGGCUUUCCUCAUUAAGUUAGCUUUGGGAUGUCUUUAGAGGCUUCGCUGUGUGAAGCUUACCUAGCCAUCUCUCAUUAGAGCAAAGUUUUGUAAUUCAGAAAACAAUUUCACCUUGCAAACUUCCAUGCACUUUUUAAUAAUGCCCACUGAGGCACCUAGAAAAGUUAUCUUACAGUGAGGUAAUUAAGGAACUUUCAUAUUCUAACUUUUUUGGUGCCAUGCAACCCCCAGGGAAGGUAAUUAUUAUCUGACAAGUGAAUUUUACCACCUGGUUGCAGGAAAGAAGACUGUAAACACACGAAGAAAUUCUACAUUAUGAAGGAUGUAACAGCUCAGCUUGGUCCUAUGGGUUGCCUUUAGUGGCCUACAUGAAUAACAGUAGCUUGUACUAUGGCACUUAAUGCAGCAGCCAUCACUUGGCAAGUACUGUAGGACGAAGAUGCCAAACUUUGCCAUAGGAAAGCAUCAGCACAGUUGUGCUGCUGUUCUUGGCACCCUGCCAUUAGGCAGACUGAAGCAGCCUGCUUCAGGUAGCAGAACUUGGGAUACCAUGUAAAGGGCAUCACCCUGUCAGUGAUUUCGACCAUUAUCUUCUUUUUACCACUGUGCUGGGCACCAUUUGGAUUUUCUGCACCAGACCUCAAACUCUGUUGUGACAUCUCCGUAUCUAGGCCAACAAAUGCUACACAGAAUGCCAAGUAAGAAGCCUGUUUCUGUGCCAGACAUGGGAAGGGUACUGAUAGCCUAAGGAUGGUUAGCAUUUAUUCAAAUGCUGACUUUUAAAUGUGCAAAGGACCUCGCAUAUAUUACCUCAGAAAUCCUCACUUUUAAGGCUGGCCAACAUUAUCUUUCCUGUAUCGUAGAGAAUAGAGUUAAUCACUAUUCUACACCAGCUCAGAGAUAUCAGCUCUCGUGUCCGUGUAGGAGCUGGUGGCCAGCACUUGAGUUGGCUCCUAGCCCACAUGUACAGUAAAGUGAGAGACUGUUUCAGUGCAAUGUCUGCUAGUAUUGGACCACUGGUCCUUUGCAGAAAGUUUUUAAGUGGGGAGAGACUUAAAGGCUAUCUUUUGACUCUUCUCAUCUAUCAUCUGCCAAUCCUUCCACAGAUAAGUGUAUACAACCAGAUCAGUACCAACAGCCAUGGAAUCACCAAUUAUUCUGGAAUAGCCUUUCUGAACUUGAGCUGGCACAGAGUUAUUCUCCACAGUUUCCUUUCCCCCCAUGCCCUAUUAUUUUUCCUUCACUGUUGCUGAUGUGCCUGAGCACUUUUGUGUGUUAUCUUUGUUUCUUAGAGAUCUGCUUAAGUGCUUAUGCACACAGAAAUAUUAAUACUUCACUUUUUUAGCUCACCACGUAUCACGUGCUAUGUAUUUUGCUUCCAAAAUCCUUUCAAAUCUCAUGAGAAGAUAGUCUGACACUGUGCAAGAGAAAUAGGUUUUUUUAAGUACCAGUAAUCAAAUUCCAGUAUCAGAGAACUGGGGAAAUCUCUUCAUUACUAUAGGCUGUGGUCUGCUCCAGAAUCCCUUUGAUUCUUGCCAUAGGAAUCUCUAACCUUUCUUCAUGAGAAGCACCAGGUUUGGUUUUGUUUUAAAUCAGGGAAGUACUGUUUUUUACUCACAUUGAUUUUUGAUCCCAUGCAACAAGUGUAGGAGCACUCCAGUGGAUUAACAGGGAACUGCAAUCCUAGGGGUUAGAAUCUGUGUUGGAGAGCAUGUACACUUGUGCACAGAAAAAUAAUUUUAAAGGGGAUAUAAAUGGCUGAACUUGUGUCAUGCUAAGUGUAAGGGUGCAUGCAAAUUCAAAUUCUGAAAUUAAUGUUAACGUAAUUAUUCUUGUUGGUGAAAGGCAACCACAAUGCAUCUGGAGUCAGCGUAGAACCACAGAGAAUGGAAUGGGAAGAGGGAUUGUGUUUACAAUCUUGGGGGAGGAACUCUAAAUCACCAUCUAGCAGAAUCCCAGACAAUUAUUCAUGAAAGUGAUUAUGUGCUGGUCCAUUCUGAUGCUGAUCUAAGUGGUGCAGCAGGGAAAUGCUUGACUAACAAGCAGAAGAUUGCCAGUUCGAAUCCCUGCUGCUACUAUAUCAGGCAGCAGCGAUAUAGGAAGAUGCUGAAAGACACCACCUCAUACUGCACGGUGGAGGCAAUGGUAAACCACAGGUUUCUGUGGCCUCCAGGAGUCAAAAUUGACUUGAUGGCACACUUUACUUUAUAAAGGUUAUCAGACAGUUUUGUCAUAAGCCAAAACUACCUUUGUUACCACAUUUAACCUCAGACAUCACUAUCCACCCCUCCCCCCUCCUUCCAACAACCUUUGCCUCUGUGUGUUCCAAUGACUGCUUCCCCAACUUUUAUGAAUAGAAGUUGAAUAAAUGAAUAAAUUAAAAAGCACUGGUCCCAGUACAGAUCCCUGGAAGGACCGCACUUCUUACUUCCCUCCAUUGUAGAAACUGACCAUUUAUUCCUACCCUUGGUUUCCUGUCCUUCGACCAGUUACCAGUCCACAAAUGAACCUAAACCGUUACCCCAUGACUAUUCAAGAGCCUUUGAUGAGUAACUUUGCCAAAUGCUUUUUGAAAGUCCAAGCAUACUAUGCCAGCUGGAUGAUCUUUCUCCACAUGUCUGUUGACACCCUCAAAAAACUCCAAGAGAUUAGUGAGGGAAGGCUUACUCUAGCAGAAGCCAUCCUUCAGCACACAACAAUGUAAUGGUGGCUGAGAAGUAGCAUGUCUAGCAGGGACAGAUGGAGAAGAAAAAAGUACAUUGGGAUGUGUUGUGUGUUAGUGAGGUUCAGUCCUAAUCAGCAUCAGCACUACCAUCAAGCAGUUCUCUGUGAGUACCACCAGAUGUAACCAAAAACAGAACAAGUGAGUUUUAUGCAAGUAUCUCCUGAGCACUAAGUUCUGGUUCUAUAACUCUAUUUGACAUGCCAACAAGGCAGUACCUGCAAAAACUGAAGAAGAAGAAAAUGGCGGGUAUCAAAGCUCACAGGGUCAAUUCUUGCUUUGCAUAGAUGUGGGCAAUUAAUGUCAUGCUCACUUACAGUUUGGUUUCCAGGAGCUUUAGAUGGUGACUUGUAAAUUAUUGAAUAUACAAUGUCAUCAUUUUUCCCAAGUCCCUUCUGUGUAAGUUAUUGCUUGGUUGCACGGAAAUGCCUGCCAAUGAAAAAGAAAGAAUUCAUUAAACCACUAUUAUAGAGACCAAAGAAGUGGUUUAGUACAUCCUAGUUGGGGUUCAGAGCAGACUUUUGCUUAAUGAGCGGCUUCAAGGGAGAAAACCAGUCAUUCUAGCAUGACAGAGUGGUCAUCCACAUGGCCUUAUGCCACCUCUGGGGAGGUCUGCAGGGAAGGCAGGGGCUUGCCUGCCUUCUCUGGCAGAUGAGCAUCAUCAUCUUUGCUUUGGCUGUGCUGUGUGCCCACAUGAGUGGUGGCUCAGCAAGGGCAAAAGCUGGGAGCAGGUGGACUUCCUCCUUCCACAUCCCAGAGUACCCCACACUACGAGCAUGGAGGCUGCUCUUGUUAGAGCAGCCACCGUGCUGGGCACAGCCGCUCUUAAAUGGCACCAUAAAUGGCACAUAAAUGGCACCAUAAAUGGCACAGCCGCUCAUAAAUGGCAGUGGGCCGGAGGGAAGCCUAUUUACCUGGGGCAGGGCGACCAUGCACACAACCACCUGCCGAGGUAAAAUGAACCACAGGUUCAUUAACCUUGGUAAAUUGUUUACCUCAGUAAUCAUUUACCUUGGUAAUCGUUUACUUCCAAUUACCUCGGUAAAACCCUGGGUAAAGAAACAGGGCUACCAUGUUCUGGAGCAGCCGGAAACAAAGGGCUCCCAGCAUUCCAAACAUGUCAUGUGAAUAGCCUUAGAAGCUGUAGUCAGCUUCUCCCACCUCUGUGAUACCAAUGUUUACAUAUUUCUUGAAGACAUGCAUUGUAUGCACUCCUCUCCCUGAUCUCCCAUGACCUUACUCCUUAUUAGGAUAUCUGGGGCUCAGGCAUAGAACUGUGGAUUUCAGCAGUGCUGGCAUUAACAAGCAGUUUAUUGGCACAAACAUCUUGUGCCAGCACCACACUGGCAACUGAUGGGUUUUCUCCAAUCUAAUUAUUGGAAUUAUUUGCUAUUUAAAAAUAAAAAUGAACCCCAGGCCUGGAAUAUAACAGCCCCAAAGGUUGAACUUUGGUAACAUGAUAUGUAGUAGCAAACAAUUCACAACGUUUUGUAAAGGGUGAUGCAAAAGCUUUGUCUGCAAGUAACCUUCGGAUUAUUUAGAUAUUUUAGAUCACUUAAUUAGGAUCAGCAUGGAAUAAGGAACAUUAAGGCUAUGUGCAGACAUACCACCCUCCAGAAGCUGGUAUGGGUUUCUCUGUCAUGGGACACUCUAUUUCUACCCAGCUUCACUCCUCGACAUACAGUACUUAGCUUCAACUCUAGCAUGAUUUCCCCUCCUCUCCUAUGCUUCAGAUAGGCUUCCCCCCCUCAGCCAGUGGCGCAGUGGAAAAUGCUUGACUAACAAGCAGAAGGUUGCCAGCUCAAAUCCCCUCUGGUAUGUUUCCCAGACUAUGGGGAACACCCAUAUUGGCCAGCAGCGAUAUAGGAAGAUGCUGAAAGGCAUCAUCUCAUACUGUGUGGGAGAUGGCAAUGGUAAACCCCUCAUGUAUUCUACCAAAGACAACCACAGGGCUCUGUGGGUGCCAGGAGUCGAAACCGACUCAACGGCACACUUUAGCUUUACCUGGCAUGUUUAGCCAUGUAAACAUUUAUUCAGCAUUUAUUAGACUGUAAGAUUGUCACGCUUUGUACUCACUUAGAACUAUUUUGCUUUCAUGGAUACAUUUUACCUUCAAAUUCACAUGUAUGGCCACACACACUAUACUAAUCUCUUUAUGACCAGUUUGGAAUGUUUUUCUAGCUUUUCCAAAUUACAUAAUUAUAUCCAAGGUUCAUUGAUGGACCCAUGGUGAGGAAUUACUUAAGAAAUCCCACCAUAAUCAAUAAAUUCCACCUCAUGAUCAAUCAAGAGGCUGACAUCCUCUAAAUUACUCAAUAGUACUAAUCAUGAGUUACACCAAAGGGCUAUUGAAUUUCAUUUGGACUUCCCCUAGUAAAUUUAGUCAGGAUGUCAGCCAGUAUUUCUUAUUCCAGCACUUGUGCUAAUUUCCUAGGUAACCACUGUUUGUAAAGAAUGUUCAAAUAGUCACUUUAAAACUGCAUCUUAUAGGAAAUCAAUGGAGGUUUCCUAUAACCUGGAUAUAACCUAUACGCAAGGAACAUAAUCUCUCUCUCUCUCUCUCUCUCUCUCUCUCUCUCUCUCUAUAUAUAUAUAUAUAUAUAUAUAUAUAUAUAUGGACCAGAUACAUGAUAAUAUAUAUUGCCACAUAUGGAUACAUGGUAAAUGGUAGCUUCAUCACUCUUGGAAUAGGGCAGGGUUUGCCAAGGUGCUCUCCACCCUGUAUAUGUUCCAGUAUUUUCAAUCCUGUUAAAUCUAAGAUUGGUGUUCAAUUUAAGUUGUAUAAAUUUGCAACAUGAGAAUGCUGGUGGUUUAAUAACAAUUAAAGCAAAAGAGGAAAUAUUUCACUGGUAAUUAUACAACUUAUUUAACUAGAUAUCUAAUAAAACAUGUAUCUGUAAAAUAUUAUGAAAAAGUGAUGUAGGAUUAUGUAUCCCUGGCAAAUCAUGGCCAGAAAUCUCUAGUUCAGUCAAAGCCUCUCUGCAUAUUAUGGACUACAGGAAACAAGAAGCAAGAUGUUUCAGUGGUGAUAUUUGACAGCAGCCAGGCUAUAUAAACGAUUUUAUACUAACAGUUUAAAUAGCAGAAGUGUUGUGCAUUUGAGCUGACCUUUAACAUUUGUGGUAGAGUUGCAAUCGAAUCAAGCUAUUUUGAUUUCAGUUCCAAUGUUUUAUCUCGCACAAUAUGAACAUCAAUCUCAUCUUGAUCCAAUAAUUGUCUUAUUGAAUUGGGUUAAUUAUCAAGACCACCGACCAUCACUUUUUAUUGGUUGCUAAAACAUUUUUGGCUGGAUACUGGAAAUCUUCAAUCUUGCCAAUGAUUUCAGAAGAGCUGAAGAAAGUUAUUAUUAUGAAGUUUUAUUGCUUUGGGACACAAGUACAAAAUGAUGUCAUUUUCUCAGCAACGUCACCUCCACUUCAAGAAUACCCCCCCCCUUUUUUUUAACCACUUAUAGUGUGACGGAAUAGAUCAAUUGCUGCUUGCGAUCCAAUCUAGUGAAAUUCAUGGCCCCAUUGACUGGAGGAAGAUGCUCCCAUUAAAAAGAGAUGAAACAGGCCUAUUCCCAGUCAUGAGGCUCUUCCCCUCCAUUAUAUUUAUAGAGAGUUCAGGUUACACACGUUACAUCAGAAACUGCAAUGAUUAUGGUAAGGAAAAGUCACUCCCAAUGCUUCACAAAAAUGAUUGACGGUUUGCAGUUUUACAGCUCCAAGGACCUUCUUGCACCUUGGCCAGCCCAUAGAAUCCUCUUGCAUAGUCACCCUGUGCCAAUAAAGUCAGAGGCCUGGAUUGCUUGUAAGUUAUUGAUUUGUGUUACAACCUGAGAAACAAGUUUGUUUACUUAAGGAAACAACUGCACACUUCCCGCAGAAUGUAAGCUGCUAGUCUUGCCCAAAUAUAACACACGCAGAGAGAGACAUCUAAGGGUGCCUCAAUGUACUGCAAUGAAGGAUAUCUAUGAUUUAAAAUUUCCAUCUAGAACAUACAGGAAAUGUUUACACCAGCAGUGUCUGUGGGACAGUUGUGAAUAGGGAUGUGCGGAUCAAAUCGAUUUGUACCUGAAUCCAGCUGAUUCAGGCAAUUUGGAAACAGAAGAAAUCACCCCUGUGGUCCAUUGGCUAGAUCUGGGUCCAAAUUGAAUCACACAGCCAGUAGUAGCUGCUUAGAGGCCUAGAGCAUAUACACAUCUUACAGGGUCUCUGAAUGCAGGAGAGCAUAUUAGUUAAAUUUUAUUUUGGUUUACUUAUAUGUCUCCUUUUUCAUGGUCGACUAUGCCCAAGGUGUGUCACUAUAAACAGAGCAGUUUGCAGAGCAGUUGCACAGUCUCUCUUGAAGCCCAAAGUGCAAGAACUCCACUAGCUCAGUUUCUAUGUCCUCAUUCUCAUGUAAUGUGGAACCAUGGGUCCAGUGGACCCAUGGUUCCGCUCCCCCCACCCCACCCUGUUCUCCUGUCUGCAUCUGAGUGAAAUGGAGAGUAUCCUCUCUGCAAUCAGUGAGACUCCAGAGAGGAGGGGGAACUGGUGUGUGGGCUUCUUUCUUGCUUGAAGGACAGAUCACACAGCCAAUAUGGAGGGAGAGAGGAAGGAGCUUCCUCUCUCAACAACAGUACAGCUGAAUGCAGCCUUGCUGCAUUCAGAUGCACCGGUGGCUGCAUGGUACCCCAGUUCUGAGCACUGAAACUCACUACAAACUGGGGUCUCAGGUUGUCAAAGAGAUAGGAAUGGAGUUGUACACACAUAAUGGUAGGGAAACCUCUGGUCCCUGCAACUCUGGCUCCCUGUUGUGUGCGGAUGAGGCCAUUAUCUUCAACAUACAGAUUUUUAGAAAAUUGCACAGCAUAUCUACAACACACAUUAAUUUAAUACUCUUAUUCUCUCUUCAGAGACCUUUGGGAAUUAUAGUUCUAUGAUAAGGCUAUGGAGUUCUAACAGAGUGCUCUCAGCAUCCUCACCAAAAUAUAGUCUUAGGAUUAUUUGAAGGAAAUCACAUUUUAAGAAGCAGACUUAAGAAACAGACGGGUUUGCUUGGUGACUAUGUGGAAUUGCCAUUUUUUUAUUUCAGAAAUUCUGGCACCUUGGACCAGAAUUCUUUGUGAAAAGAACCAGCUUCCAAAAUAUGGACAUGAUCAGAGUGCCUCCUCUGGAAGGUAACAUUUUGUCUAAAGUCUUAAAAUUCUGGUCAGUUGGCUGCCCAGCUAUUAUCAGGACUGGAAGAGAAGAAUACAACUGUAUACUGUAAUCACCUCAAUAUGCAAAAGUGCUGAUUGAUUGAAAGCUCCACAAGCAUUUGUUGAGAGGUUCUCAGACAUUUUUAUGCUGAUCAGAAAUGUUUAUGCUACUGGAUUCUCGACAGAAUCUUUCCCAGACCUUCUGACUGUACAGACUACAGCCAGAUUGCAACUGAAAGGAAAGGAGAGCCUUCCAAUGAAGAAUUUUAUUUCAGGUGCCUCAAAAUGAGCUUCAUGAGGCAGACAAUGAAAACUGUAACCUGGAAUUACUAAAAUAUGCAUACAUGUUACUGUACUAGCCCCCCUCCUUCCAUCAUUACUUCCAAUAAAUGCUUGACUUUCA